AUGAACAUAAAAAUAAAAACAUUACUAGGAAAGGAUCUUGAUAUUGAGAUUGAUAGUGGUGCUACUGUCUUGGAUUUAAAGAGAAGUAUUGAACUCAAGGAGGGUAUUGCCGUUGAGCAACAAAAACUUGUUUAUAAUGGAAGACUAUUGGACAACAAUGCAGAUUUAUUAAAAAAUCAGAAUUUACAGAAUAGGAGUGUAGUGCAUAUGGUAAUAGCAUUGAGGGGAGGAUAA